UUUGUCUUUUAAUCUCAAAAAAAAAAGUGAAAAUACCUUUCCCGCAAAGGACGGUAUCAAAGAAGUAAAAUGGGGCGUGGGUUUGGUCGCGGUGCCAAGAGCGUAGCAAUUGUAACGCAUGCUCAAGUAGGAAAUAAGGGCAAGAAAACUCCGAAAGGCCUUCGAGGAGUUCGACAAAAAAAGCGUCAGCGCUAUCAAAAAAAGGACGAACAAGGUUUACUAGAGCAAUCACUGGGAUUGGAGAAACAACGCUCAAAUGAGCCCAAAAACUUAGCGCAGGAAAUUGCAAGCAUUCAGUUUGCUCAUGUAGUCAACAAACGCCAAAAGGGCUUUAAGGACCUACGCAAACAAAUUAUGGGUGCUGUCAAAGUUCUUCGACGGAAAUAUGCGCGAAAAGGGCCAAAGUAGAUGUCAAAGGGGACAAACUCAUUCCUAAAAAUCGUAUAAACUACUUAACAUAAAUAAAAAAGUGAAAACUUAU